UUUUUAUUAUCUUCUUGGUCUCUUCUGAAAGGAAACUCUUUUUUUAUUUGAAUAUAAUGUAAUAUCAGGUACAGUUAACAGGAGACAGGGAGCAGCUUUCAUGUUCCAGUACCUUAAAUCAAUAAAACACAGAAAAUACAUACUUGAGUUACAUCCCAUAACUAUACAUACAAACGGCCUCUAGUUGCCGCUUUUCUCCCUUUUUCAGCAGCAAAAAACUUUUUCCAGGACAGCAUAAGGAGAGGAGGGAUCACUGAGCAGUGUGAGUGAACAAACACCGCCUGCCUUCACUCCUGGAUCCAUGUCUCACCCUGAAAUCACGGUUCGAUCCCCCAUCCCGUCACCUCCAGCCCGAGGAAUGCAGGUGUGAGGUGAAGCCAGUGUGUACGUACGUGCACAGCAUGUGGGAAUGGAUGCGCAGGUAGACAGGUAGACAGGUAGACAGGUAGACAGGUAAGCAGGGUGUCCACAGGUGACCAGCUGAAGACAACAGGACUACACCUUGACCGCUUUUCGUACCUCUUCCUCCGGUUAAACCUUCACACCGGCUCCUCCUGCCCUCCUCUCCGGACUCCUCUGCGGUGCUUCCCCCGCAGAAAGAAGACAUGUCGGAGGAUAUCCCCAACGAAGUGUUCGAGAGCGUGCGGGAGGCGGUGGGCCGGAGGGUGAAGCUGACCCUGAGGCGCAAAGUCCAGCUGGAGGUCAAAGGUGACAAGGUGGAGAACAGAGUGCUGGCGCUGGCGUCACAUCGAGCUUAUCUGCUGACAGCACGGGUCCCUUCCAAGGUCGAACACUCCUUCAGCUAUCUGGAUAUCCAGGGAAUCAGCAGCAACAAGCCCCUGCAGCUGGUGUUGGAGUACGAGCGCGGUCCAUGGAGCCUCCGACUCGGCUCGGCGGAGGAAGUGGACGAGGUGAUCGCUCACAUCGGCAGCUGUCUGCAGCGCAUCUGCCCCGCAAGAUCACCUGUGAAGGUGAUGAAGAAGUUGAGUCUGAAGCCUCCAGAGAGGACGGCGUCUCUUCAGGCCAUCUGGGACGAACAGGGCUCUGCAGAUCUGGGACCGUGUGGCGGGUUUUCUCAUCAGUACUGGUGUGUGUGCGACUACCUGGGUCUGCCGUACAGAGAGGAGGUCCAAUGGGACGUGGACACCAUCUAUCUCACUCAGGACACCAGAGAGCUCAACCUGCAGGACUUCAUUCACCUGGAGAACAGGGAUCUGGUGGCGAUCAUCGCAGCUCUGGAGUACAACCAGUGGUUCACCAAACUCUCCAUCAAAGACUACAAACUGUCCACUGAUAUUUGUGAGCAGAUCUUAAGAGUGUUGGCUCGGUCCGGCCGGCUGGAGGAGCUGGUGCUGGACAACACUGGACUUAGAAGUGAUUUUGCUCAGAAACUAGCCAGCGCUCUGUCGUACAACCCGGCCUCCACGCUGCACACACUCAACCUGAGCAACAACUCCCUGGAGGACAAAGGUAUUUCUGCUCUGAGUGCUCAACUCGCCAAACUACCCAUGGGCCUAAAGCACCUGAACCUCUCCAGGACCUCCAUAUAUCCUAAAGGUGUGAACAUCCUCUGUCAGGCUCUCGGCGCCAACCCGACGGUCGCCUCUGCUCUCACACACCUCGACCUGUCGGGAAACUCCCUCAGAGGCGACGACCUGCAGAACCUGCACAGCUUUCUGAGUAAUCCAAACUGCCUGGAGACCUUGGACCUGUCCAACAGCGACUGCUCUCUGGAGCAGGUGUGUGCGUCUCUGCUCAGAGGAUCUUUGAAGCAUCUCUCCGUCCUCAACAUGUCAAAGUCAGUCUUCUCUCACAGGAAGUGUAAAGAAAUCUCUCCGUCCUUUAAGCAGUUCUUCAGCAGCGCUCUGGCUCUGAGCUCGGUCAGCCUGUCGGGGACCAGGCUGCCUCUGGAGGCUCUGAAAGCGUUGUUGUUGGGCCUCGGCUGCAACCCUAACCUCAGUGACGUGUCUCUGGAUCUCAGCUGCUGCGAGCUGCGUUCAGGAGGCUCCCAGAUCCUGGAGGGUUGUGUGGCUGAGAUUCCCAACAUCUCCAGUCUGGACAUUUCUGACAACAGUCUGGACAUGGAUCUGAUCACCCUGCUGGUCUGGCUGGCCAAGAACCGCUCCAUCAGACACCUUUCACUGGGCAAGAACUUCAACAACAUCAAGUCCAAAAAUGUGUAUCAGGUUCUGGACAACCUGGUUCACAUGCUUCAAGAGGAGGACUCGCCGCUGACCUCGCUGUCCCUGGCUGAUUCCAAGCUGAAGACCGACCUGUCCAUCGUCCUCAACGCCCUGGGCAGCAACACCUCUCUGACCAAACUGGACAUCAGUGGAAACUCCAUGGGAGACAUGGGGGCCAAGAUGCUGGCCAAAGCUCUGCAGAUCAACACCAAACUCAGGACAAUCGUGUGGGACAGAAACAACAUCAGCCCUCAGGGUCUACAGGACGUCGCUGCUGCUUUGGAGAAGAACCACACCAUUCGUUUCAUGCCUAUUCCCAUCAUGGAUGCGGCUCAGGCCCUGAAGGCGAGCCCAGAGAAGACGGAGGAGGCCUUACUGAAGAUGGAGCAAUACCUGCUGAGGAACCACGAGACACGUAAAUACCUCCAGGAGCAGGCGUACAGGCUGCAGCAGGGAAUCGUCACCACCACCACACAACAGAUGAUGGACAUGAUGUGCGUGAAGGUGCAAGACCACCUGAACUCUCUGAGGUUCACAGAGACCAGCGCGGUCCAGGAGGACGUGAAGGUGGCUGAGAACCUCAUGAAAGACGCCAGGAACUCCAAGAAACUGCUCCCCAACCUGCACUACCUGAAGAAUGGAGGAUCCAGUGGAGAGUGUGUUGGAGCCAUUCAGGACAAACUGGAGUCGAUGGCUGGAGAGGUUGGCCGGGUGAUGGACGAACAGCUGCAGACAAUGCUGGUGUCCAUGGUGGACGCAGCUGAGGGUCUGUGUCCUCACGUGAUGAAGAAGAGCAGCCUUCGCCAGGAGCUGCUGAAGGCCGGAGCCGGGAAGAUGACGGUCCCUCGCAGCUUCAUCACCACCACAAUGCUGGAGCAGUCCGGGGUCGACAUCAUCAACAAGAUCAGUGAAGUGAAGCUGAGCAUGGCGUCGUUUCUGUCCGAUCGCAUCGUGGAUGAGAUCCUGGAGUCUCUGUCCAGAACACAACAUACUCUGGGCGACCAUGUGAUCAGGAAGAGUCAUCCUCUGCUGCAUCACGAGCCCCCGUUGGAGAUGGAGGUUCUGGAUGAGAUGGUUCUGCAGCCGGAGAAACACAACCAGGAACAGAAACAAAGCCAGGGCCGGGACCAGAAACACGGGCUGCAGGAUUUGGACAGCUGCAUUAUGACUCCUAAAUCCAAGAGGAAGAGUAUUCUGGUGAGGAUGCUGCGACCCGUCUCUGUGGCGUUUGAGAUGGAGUUUGACCUGGACAAGGCUCUGGAGGAGGUUCCUAUCCACGUUGAGGACCCUCCUCUUCCUCAUCCUCCUGCACAACAAUUGGACAGCAUGUCAGGCAACUAUGGAGACCUCCCCCCUCCCCCUACUCCACUGGAUACAAAGACUGUCUGUUUGGGCGAGAUGCCGCCUGUGGAGCAUAAGAUGCUGGAGCAUCACACCAAACUCCGACCGAAACCAAAGAAGAGGACAAAACCAAGCCGACCAGCUCGGAAGGCCUCCGGCAGCUCGUCACAAGAGGCAGAGCAGAACAGCAUCAUGGGAAAGCUGGACGAAGGCCUGGAUGACUUCUUCUACAAGAAAGUCAUUAAACUCAGCUUCAAACUUCCCACUGUGAGAGGUCCGUCUUCCAGCACGCAGGAAGCAGCAGAUAAGAAGCGUGAAACCAGAAAGAGCGGUUUUUUCAACCUCAUCAAGUCCCGGACAUCCCGCUCAGAGAAGAGCCACGGAGGCGCCGCCAUCACUCCACCCAUUCCUUCCUCCUCCACCUCUGCUUCACCCUCUCCCUCUAUCACCACGGUGACUGAGGAAACGACACCAGCAUCCCCUAUUGCUCCCGGGAGAAACCCUGGCACUGUGGCGGAGCCCCAUCAGGAACUCCACAGGGCUCCAUCCUCGGACCACACGGAUUCUGAAAUGGAGAGCUCUCCGACCACCGCUGAACCUGCUGAGCUUGCAAAGGAGGAGAAAACUGUGGAGAUAAAGGAGAACCUGGAGAAGAAGGAGAACCCCCACAUUCCCCGCCACAUUGGGGUCCCUGUGAUGGGCAUGGACCUGCUGGCUGAGAUGAAGGCCAGACAGGAGAGAAUGGCUGUAAAGAAGGCUGAGUCGUCAUCUUUACUGGACAAGGUCGACAACGAUAAAGCCAAGUCAGACGACCAUCCCGUUGUCCCAGCAGACACUGAAGAGUCCAAACCAGAGCCGACUCCCAGAUCAAAACCGCCCAGCGUCACCCCCAGACCGCCCCCACCCCAGGCCACCAAACCCCCUCUUGGGUCCCGGACUUCUGGGCCCCUCAGUCCUACCAGUCCGACCAGCCCCAGGCCGAGCAGCAGCUACAUCUUAGAUGACUCUGCUGAGGCUCCAGCAGGCAGCUCCUCUGCCAAAGGACCACUUCCUGCUCCUCGCCAGAAGAGGGCGGCGUCAGAGCAGGAGAGAGAGAGCACUAGCAGCAACUCUGCAGGACCCCUGUCUCCACUGGACGGUGAGUUUCCCGUUGAUGGCGAUGCGUUCGAGCCGCCCGACCCAGCGGUUGAAUCCGGCGCCGGUGGCCGACAGUGGUCGUCUCUGAAGGGCUCAGCCGGUCCUCCUGCUGCGAGCGAGGACGGACCAGAGCGAGCCAAGUCCCUCCCCGCCAACGUGAGGCCUCCAUCUCUGACGGACCCAGAUCUCAGUCCAGCUGAGGAAGAGAUUCCUUCUCCGUCCGCUGAUCUCAAGUCUGACAACAAAUCAGAGGACGAGCCCGACGACGCCCCCCCAGUCUGACACCAACAAGAUGUUGACACUCACUGAAUCCUGCUUAGCUGUCCUCUCUACACCAAAGAGGUCAAAAACAGUGAAUCAUGACAUUUUUUACAAUCCCUGGAGAGGCACAUGCAAGCGGAGUAUUCAGCACAUGUCAUGCUGUUAUCAGCAGAGUUUCCUGAUCUCGGAUCAGUCCCAGCUGUCCGGCUAAAUGGAUACGAAAACAGUUCCAUUACCGUCCGUGUUAACAGCUCUAAUAGGACCAUAAAGAGCAGAGCAGAUGGCUUUUAUCUGGUGCAGAGACAAUCUGUAGCUGCUUAGAUAUGAAAAAAAAAAAAAAAAAGGUAAAGGUGAGUGAGUCCAAAGCACUGAGGAGAACCAGUCUGACUGUCGGAGUCGGUCCAGACUGAAGCAGUUUGUUUUUUACUGUAUUUAUGUUCUGCAGGUGAUUCUACCAGCAGGUCCUCUGGAGAGAAGUGUUUUUAUAUCAUUAAAACAAAUGUCCAGAAAUGAGAAAAUGCCAAAAUUAGAAGCAGCUGGAACAGAUGAGCAACAAGAAAGUGUCAAAAAACCAAAGAUAGUUUACACUCUGAGCCAAAGUUACAUUUUUACUUUAUUUUUUAAAUCCCAAAAGCUCAAAUUCAGGUUUUUGUUUUCUCAAAACUGUCUUUUAAUUUCAAUAGAACACCCAUUUUCUUUAAUACAACAAUUGUAAUGAUGUUAACCUGACGAGUAAAAAAACAUAUUCCAUUCCAAGGAAACAGAGAUGAUGGGAAAUGUUACCGUGGUUGUAUAUUUUCUUUAAAUGCAUAUAUUAUUAUAAGCCAUAAGUUUAAUGUUAUUAAAUAUCACGUACAAUGUAGUUGUGGCUAAUCAGGGCUUUGCUGGGUUUAUUUUUGUUGUCUAGUUGCCUCUGAGCUUUCAACUGCUUCUCAUGGUCUUCAUCAGCCCUUAUACGACCUCGUAUACAGCAAAUGUAUCCAAAACAACCACAGUUAUGUGGUGGUGAAGCGACAAAAACUGACCAAACUCCAUCUGUCAAUGAAGAUUGUGAGAUGUGGUUGAAAGCUCUGAAAAAAAAAAAGAAAUGAUAUUGUCAAACUAUUUCCAAAAUCAAGAGUUCAAUAACAAAGUAUUGUUUCGGUUCUACAGAUAUUUUUUUAAACUUACACAUUUUAAAAGUGUCAGAUUUAAUGAUGCGUUCAUGUCACGUUAGAGUUACCGUGAUUUACAGUUUCUCACAUGGAAAUAUGUUUGUCAACAUCCAAAUAAUAAUAAUCCUAAUAAAUCCAAAUAAGUGCCUUUACAUUUCCUAAAGAGGAAAAAGCUGUAAACUCUGCUGCUGUAUCCUCACCAUAACACAGCUUUAUUCCAUACUGAUUUCUGUUAAUUAUGUACUGCUGCACUUACUGAUGUAUCGAUGUAAAUAUGUACUAACAUUCCCAUGUGUUUACGGUUCUGUUAAUAAAAGAAAUGGGGUUUAUAUCAGAGUUAAAUGCACAAACUCUGGGGUUUAUAUUGUAUUAUGAGCAAAAAAUAAAAAAUCAGAUUUAUUAUCAGAGAAGCGUCCUGUUGAAUCUGAACGGAUUCACAUUUAAGAGACGCGGUGGUGGUUUUUAUUUUAGGAGGAAAUAUUUUUGUCAUUAUCUACUUUUUUUUUUUUUUAAGGAUUCAGUUAAAUAAUGUUUUAUUGUUAAUAUGCCAGAAAACUUACAAAAAUGUGACAUCAAGCUGUCAGAUAUUUCUGUAUUUGUUUGUUUUUUUACCAAUAAAUGCUGUUUUACUGUC